CUCCCGGCGAUAUGGCUCCCGCACUCAUGGCCUGAUGGUCGACCGGCAACGGGCAGGCGAGCGGGAAAGUCAGCAACACCACCCCUCACUGAACCCCGCCGGCUCCCCCACCCAACCCGGCAUUAAGGCGAACCUAACUCCACGCCGUCCUCCCCAGGCCCAACAACCAACCGCACAUCACGCAAAUCCUUCCCCAACUUCUCCUUCUCUCUUCCUUCCCCACCACCACAAAACUAACCCGUAUAUCAACCUCCCGGAACAACAUGGUGACGCACCACCUCGCCUACACGGCGCCGAUCAACCCCGCGCUCGCGGAGCCGCACCUCAGCCAGGCGCAGGUGUGGCAAGGCCUGCGGCGCAAAAUGGUCGCGGCGCAGGAGUUCGUGCCGGCGAUUACCGACUGCCGUGUGCUGGAGGAGAAGGGCGAUGGCGAGGAGGUCACGCGCGAGGUCGUGUUCCGCGAGGGUGCGGGGCCGGGGGGUGAUGGCAAGCCUGUGCGUGAGGUUUGCAGGGCGUUUGAGCCGACGAGGGUCGACUUCCACCAGACGGACGGCAGCGUCGUGCGCAAUAUCAUCAGCACCGGCGCCGGCGGUGAGGCUGACCUCUACAUGACGUACGUCUUUGAGUGGCACCACCCGCAGGUCACAGCCGGCUCCGACGAGGACCGCACUCUGCUGGUGCGGCACAAUCAGAUGGCGCAGAUGGCCGUCGAGAAAAGCAUUGAGAGCAUCAGGAAAAUGGUCGUGGAUGGGCGGAUCAAGUAGUGCGAAGUGUUAGCAUAAUCACAUAGAUGCUUGUGGUAUGGUAUAGUUGGGUGUCGUUAUGUUCGUCUAAGUUCUAUCGUGGCGGGUAUGCAUGGACGUUACGGCGUCAGGAGCGUAGCGUGGCUGGUUAGGCCACUCUCACGCGAUUCGGGGUAUCACAGCAGGUACCGGUACUCCGGGGUCAGGUCUCCCAUCUCCGUCUUCUCGUACUCCGUCAAACUCAAGUCCGUGGGCGUCUUGUCCCUCCUUCUGUUGUCCCGGAAGCACACCACCCAAUAUAAGCAGCAGCUCAGCGCGCUAAGGCAGAUGAAGGCAAUGCAGAUGCUGUAGCCCGGGGUGUAUUUGGGCGCGUCUUUUUGCAGGAAUGCAAACACUGCUAUGAUGCC